GCCCCUAUUCUUAAAAUUCUUUAUCCCCGUUAUUCGUGCAAUUUGUGUUAUUUUUUUUGUAUAGGGGUAUUCUUGAAAUUCUUUAUGGUGGGUUAUCUGUCGCUAUCUGUGCAAUAAAUAGCGCGGAUAGCGAGAUCAAAAAGGUGUCGUUAUGAACGUUAUGAGUGUUAUUUCUUGUAAAGACAGUUGGCUAAGAGAAAAUUUCAGUGCAGAAAGUGGAGUUGUCCAAUGAAAAUGUGAUAAGCUAAGGAGAUCUUGAAUUUUAGAAAUUUCAGCUCAGCUUAAAAUCAAUUUUUUACUCCAGUUUUGAAGUUUUGGGUCUGAUUAAAGUGAAAAAUGUUGUAAGGAUUUAUAGAGGUGAAAAGAAAUGCUUUUAUAAACUAUUUUUAGCACGCAAAAUUUUCGUUAAAAUUUUUUUUCAAGAAUACCAAUUUUAGAUAACAUAGAUUACACUAAUAACGACAAUUUUGGGAUAACUCAAAUUGCACAAAUAACAGGGAUAAAGAAUUUCAAGAAUAGGCGCCCAGAACUAAUCGCUCUACAUAUUAAUAUUUUUACAUUUUUUUAACCCAGCUGUCGAAGAUAUUCGAUCGAUAUAUUUAGCAUUCUUUUAAAUCUCGAGAAGUUGGAGAAUAAUUUGGUCAAAAUAGCAUUAGAAUCCUUCGAAAGUUUAUGUAUUCGGAAUCGUAUCUGCAGACGUCCCCUGAUGGCUCUUAUAAGUCUAUAAAUAACUGACAAAUAAUGGUGAUUAUCUAGAAUGGUUCGACUUUCAAUUGUUACUGGAGUAAUAUUGGGAAUAGGAAUAUUGCUUAUUACAGCAUCAAUUUGUGUUAUUCAAUGGAAUUCUUUCAAACGCAGAAGAAGAACUAUACCGGAAAUUUUACGUAAUAUAGAACUACUUCGUAAUUUCGCGGUGAAAACUCUUGAGAGUCAUCCGGAUAGAAUUACAUCUGCUCUUGCAGUCACUAACUUUGAAUAUGUGCGACAUACCCUGAUGAUGGAAGGUAUUCCGGGUGACGAUCAGUUACAGAUAAACUGCAUCAUAGCUGCUACCAAUUAUGUGACUGAAGAUUUCAAAUUGGGUAAAAUUACCGAGGCGAAUAUUCGCACUAUUCAUGCCCAUGUGAUGCGAUAUGAACACCCAGAAAUCGCUGGUCAAUUUCGAGACCACGAUGUGAGUAUUCGCAUGAAGGAUGGUAGCAUAUCGAUUCCACCUAGUCAUACACAAGUUGUAACUUUGAUGAAUCAAUUUAUUGCCUGGUUGAACGAAAAAAAUCCGCAGACUUUUGAAGAACGGUUACUACUCGCUGCAGAAGCGAAACUUCGCUUAGUGGUAAUACAUCCUUUCAGUGAUGGAAAUGGAAGAGUAUCACGUGCUCUUUUCAAUGGUUUACUUCGCCAAAUGCAAGCAGUUCCAUAUGUGUCUAUUCCAUGUAAUACAAAACAAGAAUAUUUUUCCGCCAUACGAAUGACUCGUGAUACGAACAAAAAUGAAACAUUCACGAAAUUUAUACUCUUAUUGAUCGAACAAUCAUUUGAAAAAUUCAACAAGGAAUUGUCGUCUAGUUCGUGAAUGCGUCUAUGAUAUUUCGUUAUCAUUCAGAAUUGUGGCUUCAAUACCCGGCGUAAUGAAAAUGUAUACACUGAUUUUUAAAAAUUUUAAAGCUAUAGUACGUACCUAGACCUACCUAUGUACAAAAUUAUAAAUGCGUACUUGUCAAUUUAAGAUUUUUAAAUUUAUUCGAGCAAUUGUGUUUUUUGUACGGACGACGAUGUGAUUUUUUUUUGUUUUUUUUUUUUGAAAGCAACAUUUUUACUGCGAUAUUUUUAGGCAAUAUUCGUUAAUCGUAGAAUGUUUACGAAAUUGAUAUUUAACCACUUUGUAUUUCACUUUUGCUAGCAUUCAUAGUCGUUACUUGUUGUUCCUAUUGUACUUUUAAGUUGAUUUUUAAUUUUUGUGUAUAUGUACGAGUCUACCUCAUUAAACUAGAAUUGAAAUUAUGA